AUGGUCUUCAAAGAACUCACAACCUACAGCCCAGUCUGUGGCCUGCUUUUGUAUCGCCCUCAAGCUCGCAGGCCGCGCGUCACCCCAGGCGGCCCGCCCUCCCAUCCGGUCCCUGGGGCCCUCCUCUCACGCCCGCAUCAGCCGCCAGCGACCAGCUCUGGCUGCUCCUGCGGAUCUCCUCCACCGACCAGGGUCGCUCCCACACGGGCUCGGACGCUGGCGCCCGCUCCUGGUCGGGGGUCGUCCGGUUCAUCUGCAGCGGGAAGGACGAGAAGAGGGGCUGAGCUUUGGGGAGGUGGCGGCCCCGGCCCAGCCCCGGCCGGCUCCGGCCCGCCCCUGCCCGCCGCCCUCACCAUCCCGGCAGUGCAGUUCGGCGGGCCUGGGGGCAGCCACGACCGCACCCGCCGAGGACUGAAGCCAAGCCCGGAACCCCGAGCUCUGCGGCCCCGGCACGUGACCGCCUAUCACGUGACCCGGCUCGCACGUGACCGGAUGUGCGGAGACACCGGAAAAAAGCCCCGAUCGCGGACUAGGGAGCUGAGUCUGAAAGCCUGCAGCUGGCGUAAGGUGGAAGCUGGGAGGAAGAGAGGAUGCCGACGCCAGAGGGCGCUGAUGGCCGGGUUGCCCUGGAGCCGGAGGGCGCAGGCGGUGGCUGCGGAGCGCACUGCCACCCCGGCGCGUCUCAAGAGGGUACCCCCGGAAGGAACCUGUGGAACCCGCUUAGUGGCUUCGGCCGUCGGGCGACGUGGGCGGAGGGAAAGCUUUCCCGGCUGCGUCUCUUCCUGUUGCAUCUCCACUGCCCUUCGCUGCUGGGUCCGCGCACUGGCGCUCAAAGCCUCUCCAGUGGGCAAGCCAUGGUUCUUCUAAGAGUCAUCUGAAGUGCCUGAGAGAUUUUCUCCAAGAGCGGGCAGUUCAGAGGCUCCACAUGAGGGAGUCAGAAAUGCUUCGCAGUCAGAAAACCCAACACCAGGCACCCCACAGUAAAUACAACAUGCUCCUCUAAGGGAUCUUUGCUCUCUGACCUGGGCAGAAAAACUGAUCCACAUGCACAGUGACAGAGGCUGAUGAGUUGUGGGAAUCAAGCAGCUUUGCUUGCUGAUGCUAAACUCUGACUUUAUAUUGUCAACAAGCAGCACUUUCUGAACCAUCAGGAAUGUAUUUGUACCACAGCCUCUCUCCCUGCCUCUGUUAAUCAUUGAGCUCUUUUUUUCUGAAUAUGAGAGUGAGUCAAGGCUUUAACUCUAGGGCGGCCUGAUAAAGGUUCAAGAGUUGGAAUUUUAGGGGCGCCUGG